AUGAACUUCUUCAAAUCAAAACCAAAGACUCCUUACGAACUCGCCCGCAACCUCAAGGAGUCCAUCCAGAAGCUUGACGGGCCAGACAGGAAAAAGGCCACAGAAGACAUCUCCAAGAUCCUGGUGGCCAUCAAGACCAUGCUCUAUGAAAACGACCCUGUCCCAGAGACUGUUGCUCAAUUGGCACAGGAGGUGUAUACCAAUAACUUGCUGCAGCUGCUGGUCGACAACAUUGGCCGGUUCGAGUUUGAGGCCAAGAAGGACGUUGCCCAGAUCUUCAACAAUUUGCUCCGACGUCACAUUGGAUCCCGCUCUCCCACGGUCGAAUAUCUCUGCACGCGCGACCAGAUUCUCUUCACCUUGAUCCAAGGGUACGAAAACCAGGAAAUUGCGCUGAACUGUGGCAUGAUCUUGCGGGAGUGUUUGCGACAUGAGGUGUUGACCAAGAUUGUCUUCAACUCGAACCAAGUAUACAAGUUCUUUGACUAUGUGGAGAUGAACACAUUCGAUAUCGCCAGCGACGCCUUUGCCACAUUCAAGGAAAUCUUGAGCAGGCACAAGACUCUUGUGGCUGACUUUUUGGAGCGCAACUACGACGUCUUUUUCGAUAAGUACAACCAGCUUCUUCAGUCGAACAACUAUGUCACCAAGCGUCAAUCAUUAAAGUUGUUGGGUGAGAUUCUCUUGGACCGGACUAACUUUACGAUCAUGACGCGAUACAUUGCUAACGCCGACAACUUGAAGUUGAUGAUGAACCUGUUGAAGGACAGGAGUCGCAACAUCCAGUUUGAGGCCUUCCACGUCUUCAAGGUCUUUGUUGCAAACCCCAAUAAGAACAAGCCUGUGUUGGAUAUCUUGGCAAAGAACCAGGACAAGCUCAUCUCUUUCUUGAGCACAUUCCAUAAUGACCGCAAUGAGGACGAGCAGUUCAACGAUGAAAAGGCGUUCUUGUUGAAGCAGAUUCAGGACUUAUAA